GGAAACGUGUAAUAUGCACAUUUUGCUUCUUUUUUUUUUUUUCGUUAUCUGCAUUAAUCUAUCUCUCUUCUCUCUCUGUAUCUCUCUCUGAGUGGUGCGAAUAUCCAAAACAGUUCUGUCCGAGUCUCUUUCGUCUUCCUCCUCCGUGAAAGCUUUUUUAACCUUUCUUCUUCUCCCAUUCGUUAUUGGUUUUUUAGUGAUCAAUAAUAUACAACCACAACGGCCAAGGUUUUGGAACAAGACACAAGCACUUAGCUCUGUUUCUCUCCUCCAUGGUGUCAAGAUCUUGUGCUAAUUUUCUAGACUUAUCAUCUUGGGAUCUUUUAGAUUUUCCUCACACUCCAAGAACUCUUCCACGCGUCAUGACUGUUCCGGGUAUCAUCUCCGACGUAGAUGGAGACAGAGGAGAUUUAUCCUCCGAAGUAACAACUUCUUCCUCCGGUGUUUCACGUCAGAGGAAGAUCAUAGUUGCUAACAUGUUACCACUCCAAUCCAAAAGAGAUGCGGAAACUGGUAAAUGGUGUUUUAACUGGGACGAAGACUCUCUUCAGUUACAACUCAAAGAUGGUUUCUCUUCAGAAACAGAGUUCCUCUACGUUGGAUCACUUAACGUUGACAUCGAGUCUAGUGAGCAAGAAGAAGUAUCUCAGAAGCUUUUAGAGGACUUUAACUGCGUUGCAACGUUUUUGUCUAAGGAGUUGCAAGAAAUGUUCUAUUUUGGUUUCUGUAAACAUCAGCUCUGGCCAUUGUUUCAUUACAUGCUUCCAAUGUUUCCUGAUCAUGGAGAUCGUUUCGACAGACGUCUUUGGCAAGCUUAUGUCUCAGCCAACAAGAUAUUCUCAGACAGGGUUAUGGAAGUUAUCAACCCUGAGGAUGAUUACGUUUGGAUUCAAGAUUAUCAUCUCAUGGUUCUUCCUACGUUCUUGAGGAAACGUUUUAAUAGGAUCAAGCUUGGUUUCUUCCUCCAUAGUCCGUUCCCUUCUUCAGAGAUUUACCGCACGUUGCCCGUCCGUGACGAGAUUUUGAGAGGUUUGUUGAACUGUGAUCUUAUUGGAUUCCACACGUUUGAUUACGCGAGACAUUUCUUGUCUUGUUGUAGUAGAAUGCUUGGUCUUGAUUACGAGUCUAAGCGCGGUCAUAUAGGGCUUGAUUACUUUGGUCGAACUGUGUAUAUAAAAAUUCUUCCUGUCGGUGUCCAUAUGGGUAGAUUGGAAUCUGUUUUGAGUCUUGACUCUACCUUGGCGAAGACGAAAGAGGUUCAAGAACAGUUCAAAGGGAAGAAGCUUGUUCUUGGCAUUGAUGAUAUGGAUAUAUUUAAAGGUAUAAGCUUAAAGCUUAUUGCAAUGGAGCAUCUCUUUGAGACGUAUUGGAAUUUGAGAGGGAAGGUUGUUCUUGUUCAGAUAGUGAAUCCAGCAAGAUCGUCUGGUAAAGAUGUGGAAGAAGCUAAAAGAGAGACGUAUGUCACUGCGAAAAGGAUCAAUGAGCGUUACGGUACUUCUGACUAUAAGCCAAUAGUGUUGAUCGAUCGUCUUGUUCCACGUGCUGAGAAAACAGCGUAUUAUGCAGCAGCUGAUUGUUGCUUAGUGAAUGCAGUGAGAGAUGGUAUGAACUUGGUUCCUUAUAAGUAUAUAGUCUGCAGGCAAGGGACUCGUAACAAGGCUCUUAAUGAUUCAUCUCCCCGCACAAGCACGCUUGUUGUGUCUGAGUUUAUUGGUUGCUCGCCUUCUUUGAGUGGUGCCAUUAGAGUGAAUCCAUGGGAUGUAGAUGCUGUGGCUGAGGCGGUGAACUCUGCUCUUAAAAUGAGUGAGAACGAGAAGCAACUACGGCAUGAGAAACAUUACAACUAUAUUAGCACUCAUGGUGUUGGUUACUGGGCAAAGAGCUUUAUGCAGGAUCUUGAGAGAGCUUGCCGUGAUCAUUAUAGUAAACGUUGUUGGGGUAUUGGAUUUGGAUUGGGAUUCAGAGUUUUGUCGCUCUCUCCAAGUUUUAGGAAGCUAUCUGUGGAACACAUUGUCCCUAUCUAUAGGAAUAAAGAGAGAAGAGCUAUAUUUCUUGAUUAUGAUGGCACUCUUGUUCCUGAAAGCUCCAUUGCUCAAGAUCCAAGCGCCGAGGUUGUCUCUGUUCUGAAAGCUCUCUGUGAAGAUCCGAAGAACACUGUGUUUAUUGUUAGUGGAAGAGGCAAAGAGUCUCUGAGCAAUUGGUUAUCUCCUUGUGAGAAUCUUGGAAUAGCAGCUGAACAUGGAUACUUCAUAAGGUGGAAUAGCAAGGGUGAGUGGGAGACUUGUUACUCGUCUACGGAUACAGAGUGGAGGUCAAUGGUGGAACCGGUUAUGAGAUCGUAUAUGGAGGCAACAGAUGGGACUAGUAUAGAGUUCAAAGAGAGUGCUUUGGUUUGGCACCAUCAAGACGCAGAUCCAGACUUUGGAUCAUGUCAAGCUAAGGAGCUUCUUGAUCAUCUAGAGAGCGUGCUUGCAAAUGAGCCUGUCGUUGUCAAAAGAGGUCAACACAUCGUUGAAGUCAAACCACAGGGUGUAAGCAAAGGUCUAGCUGCGGAAAAAGUAAUACGAGAAAUGGUAGAGAGCGGGAACCCACCGGAACUGGUGAUGUGCAUAGGAGACGAUAGAUCUGACGAGGAUAUGUUCGAGAGCAUACUAAGCACGAUAACAAAUCCAGAGCUUCUGAUUCAGCCAGAGGUUUACGCGUGCACGGUGGGAAGAAAACCAAGCAAAGCUAAGUACUUCCUGGACGAUGAAGCCGACGUGCUGAAGCUCCUAAGAGGCCUUGGAGACUCAUCAUCGAGCUUAAAACCAACAUGUCACACACAAGUUGCAUUUGAAAGCAUCGUUUAAAGUGGGACGUGCCAAAGGAAAUAACCAAAAUAACAUAACAUCAAUAUGUAAAAAAAAUGAUAUGGGCUAUUGAAGAAUUUGCCUCUUUUUCACUGUUUGUUUUGGCCUUUGGGUAAAUUAGAAACUAUUUUUUUCUCCCCUUUGUAUAGCAACUCUUUUUUUUGUCGCUUCUAUUUUAAAUUUAUUAAAUUCCAUUAA